AUGCUCUCUUCCCGUCCAACAGCAGUCCUGUGCAGCCUGCUGCUGCUGCUGGCUGUGGCCGGCCAGGCCCAGGCAGCCAGCCGCGCCCGCUUCCUGGGCCAGAAACAGCAGGGCAGCGCCCCCUCGAGCGAGCAGAGCGUUGGGGGCCCCGCCGCCGAGCCCAACGUCACCGCCUUUGACGGCCAACACAGCUUUGGGCUGGGCGCCGUGGCCGCUGCUGCCGCCAGCGCUGCCACCGGUGCGGGCCCCGUGCCCUGGCUGCCGUCUGUCCUGUUCUCGGGCGACGGAACUGCCUUCAGCGAGGCUGUGCCCAACACCGGCAAGGGCUUUGCCUGCUCCUACCGCUACCUCAACGACUGGGCCUCCACCCACUUUGCCGCCAUCAACCGCCCCAUGUGGGAGAAUGGCGACGCGUGCGCCCGCUGCCUCACCGCCUGGUGCGUGGACGAGCGCUGCGCCACCCGCAACAAGCGUGUGCAGGUCAUGGUCACGGACCUGUGCCCAGAGUGCAAGGAAGGCGACGUCGACUUCUCCAUCCCUGUGUACCGCGACAUCACCGGCAUGUGGCCCCACCGCCUGGCCAUCCAGUGGGAGUGGAGCGACUGCUCCUCCAACAUCGAGGGAGACAUCCACCUGGCGCCCAAGGACGGCAUCAACGCCCAGUGGCAGGCCUUCUACUUCUCCAACGCCAAGUACCCGCUCAAGUCGGUGACGCUGAAUGGCAAGCCACUGGACCGCAACGAGUUCCAGUUCUGGGUGCACGCUGCACCGCUGGCAGACGGCCCGGCGGAGUUUGUGUUUGAGGCGGUCAACGGCAAGAAGGUGAAGGGGCGCUGCGACAAUCCGCAUAAGGAGCAGAGCCUGCCCAACUUUGAUUGA